AUGCCGCAAAAGGAUCCGUGCCAGAAACCAGCCUGUGAGAUAAAGAAAUGUUUACAAGGCAACAACGACAUGGAAUCAAAGUGUCAGGCUGUCAUUUGAGAACUGCGUAAGUGUUGUGCUCGAUAUCCCAAGGAAAGAGCUGUGUGUGGUCUGUUCGGGAUUUAAGAAGAGGAAGAAAACCUCACAUGGAAAUCUCCAUCAAAAGUUCUACUGAGAAGUUCAACACUGCUUCAUGUUUCCAGGAGCGAGUUUUGUUUAUCCUACUUUCCUGAGGCCAGGUAG